UACCUGUCAGGAUGUGUUGUAACCAAAAACUAUGAGCACAGUUCAGUACAGCACUCCUGUAGAACAGCAGGCAAGUUGCGUCAGUGAGACCCAGGUGUGUGUCGUUCCGUGACCGACCGGUUAGCUGGGAUGAGCAUCGAGCCAGCCAACGGGAUUGACGUCCCGAAUGCUGAACAAGCUCAGGUUGUCCGAACCUGACGCCGACCGCCAAGAUGUGUAUGAUUAGUAUCGGUUCAUCAACUGUGUCUGUACGGUAAGACGUUUCUAGUUGAAGGGAGUGCUCCACAUUUGAAGAUAUCGAAUCAAGCUUCAGAUAUAAUGGAAUGAGCUCAUCUUUACCAUUGACAUCCUUCUAAGUGGAAAAGACUGCUCAAGACAACGCAAUUUCUCUAUAAGUAAAUUUUUCCUCAAUACGUCAUAGACUACAUCAUCGUGCUCUGCACAACAGCGAUUGAGAGCCAAAUGACAGCCAUAUUGUCUGGAAAUCGUGCGCACGAACGCCAGAUAUGGACGACUCGUCAGCUAUUUCUUUCGUGACCUAGAUCGCUGCUUUGCUUAUGUAAUGGUAGGAUCUGAAUGGUGUUGCUGUCGCAUCAUGGAUGCCUUAAAAUAGUGUCCCCUAAAUAGUCUGCAUAUCUUCGCAGGUGUGUAGCUCAGAAACCAGUAUGGGCUCAAAACUUCAUGCAAAUGUGAAACACUCCCUUUGAUCUGAAAGGAAACAGACACUGCGCGUGCGGUGUGAACGUGGAACACAGUCUUCAUGGUGAAAUCGGUGAGAAAUGGUCGUUGGUCUCUGACAUUUGCUCGUGAUAUCCCAUUGCAGCAUGCUGGACGUGAAAAACUUGGACUACGCCUCCAACGCCACUGUGCUGUUCCAGAGGCUUUCAGUCAUCUGUGGUGAUGGCGUUCUCUUCGUGGGCGUCAAGAUGUGUGCUGACACGGUACCAGGUCAGGGCACGCAUCUGACCUCGGCGCGGGUGCGCCUGGCCGUCCUGACCCUGGGUAGUGCCGGUCUUCUGAUUGUCGACCACAUCCACUUUCAAUACAACGGCCUGCUCCUGGGACUGCUGUUGAUGAGCUAUGCCUGUAUGACCCAGGGCCGCUACCUGAAGUCUGCGCUGUUAUUCACCGUGCUGCUGAACAUGAAGCAUAUCUUCCUGUACUUGGCGCCGGCCUAUUUCGUCUUCCUGCUGCGCAACUACUGCGUCCGAGUACCGGCCGGCGGCUGGCUGCCACGGCCGCGUCCGGCGCACACCCUCCUUCUUGGCCUGGUGGUGCUGGGCGUGUUCGCCGUCUCCCUCGGCCCGUUCGCCGCCCUCGGCCAGCUUCCCCAGGUGCUCUCGCGGCUGUUCCCGUUCAAGCGCGGUCUGUGCCACGCCUACUGGGCCCCCAACUUCUGGGUGCUGUACAACCUGGCCGAUAAGCUGGCCGUGGCCGCCGCUGGCUGGCUGGGCCUACCAGUGUCGCCCGGCGUCGCCGCCAUGACGGGCGGCCUGGUGCAGGAGACGUCGCACGCCCUGCUGCCGACCGUCCCCCCGACGGCCACCUUCCUGCUAAGCGGCGCCGCCAUGCUGCCGGCGUUGGUGGCUUGCUGGCGGCGACCGGCCGACACAGCUGCCUUUUUGCGCGCGCUCGUCCAGUGCGCGCUAGGCUCGUUCCUGUUCGGCUGGCACGUGCACGAGAAGGCGCUGCUGCUGGCGGUGGUGCCGCUGGCGGUCCUGGCGCUGCGCUCGCAGACCGAAGCGCGCCUCUACCUGCUGCUCUCGGCUGCCGCGCACGUCUCGCUGUUUCCGCUGCUGCAUGGGCCGGCAGAGACGCUGGGCAAGGUGCUGGCCGCGCUCCUGCACGCCGGGUACGCGGCGCACGCACUGCCUGCGACUGGCGCGGCACUGUCGCGCCCCCAGGCGGCCUACCUGGCUGGCCUGGCGCCGCUCGUGCUGUACCACACCGUCGGCCACCGGUUGCUUGGCCUGCAUGGACGCUGGCCGUUCGUGCCACUGCUACUGACCUCGCUCUACUGCGCGCUGGGCGUGCUCUACUGCUGGUUGGCGCUCUACCGGCACAUGCUGUUCCGUGCCGACGUCGGUCAGAAGGUCAAGCAGCGGUAGGCGGGUACCGUGCGGGCAACGCGGCGAGGAACAGCGACGGGUGCGCACGUCCGGGCCGA